AUGAAUCCUGCAGGAAGCAGAGACGAUGUGAAGCCUCCAGAGCACCACAUGCAGAAUUCUCCUGCAGCAGGAGGAGGAGGAGGAGGAGGAAGAGGGCUGUACAUGGAUGCCUAUGAUGCCUCCUUCCCAGUGGAGGAGAACGUAGAGCGACCGCCCUCCUGUCACCUGGACCAUGGCCAGCAGAUGAUGGACGAUGUUGCGGUGCAGGAGCUUCCUCACUCACAGUACAGCCCGUUCAUCCUGGUUUCGAACCUGCGGGCUCACCUGUACGUUGCUCUGGAGAAGAAUACGUGGCUGCAGAAGCGAAUCGAGGAGCUGGAGGAGGAACGGAACUUCUUGCGCUGUCAGCUGGACCGUUUCAUCAUCAGCAUGAGGAGUCAGGACGACUGGUGUGGGGACCCCCACCGUGGCAUGAAGUCACAGCCUCCCAGCUCUCCGUCCCCACCCUCCCCGAUGACCACCAGAUCUGGAAUGACUCUGAAGUGGCUGCAGGCUCCGGCACCUCGCACCUGCCACAGUGCUGCCGUCCCCGUCAAACAGGAGUUUCAUCUUGAAGAAGAUAAAUAUUACACAGAGGAGGAGUUUGUGGAGGAAGAGCAGGAGGAGGAAGACGAGGACUUGGGUCUGGAGAAGGGAUCGAAGAAGAGGGCCCGAGGACAAACCAACGGAGACGCGAGGAUGAAGAUGAGGAGGAUCUUCAGGAUCACUCACGGGAGGGAGCGGCAGAGAGUUAAAGACCCAGAUGGGGUGCUUAUUCGUUAUAAGAAGAUCCUGACCACCUACCAGCGGGUGAGGAGCAUGUCCCGGGCCUUUCAAAUCCACGGAGUAGAUAGAAAUACCAUGGCUUCCACCUCCCCCAUCGCUGAGCUGAUCCUGGUGGCUCCUGAGAAGGUGGCAGAGGUCGGGGAGUUUGAGGCAUCAAAGGAGAAACUUUUGGAUUACGCCCGGCGCUGCUACAAAACCAUGGACGACCAGACGCACGCCAAAGUCCAGAGCUUGAAGAAAACCCAUAAACUGCUGCCGAUCUCCUACAGGUUCCGAAACUGAGUCAAAAGCUUUUUGUUCA